AGGGCUGCUAAUUUUGGACAAUGUCUGGGGCUUCUACCACCAUCAAAUACCGCAGUAAUCAGUAAUGUAACACUUAGCCCUGAUUCUCCAAAAGCUGGUUCUAAUCUCGAAAUUAAAGGUUCAGCAACGACCGAAACUAAUAUUGAUGAAGACGAUUUAUUCAUUUUUGCAAUUCUUGAUGUAACAGUUUCACCCCCUCAACCUGUAUUCUUCCCCGAACCUUUUUAUAUUUGCGCGAAAACUGAAUGUAAUAAUACAAAAACGUUUAACUUUGAUGAAAACUAUGUUUUAUCAUUACCAUCGUUACCAGUAAAAUUCGUAGUUGGAGUUGCAAUUGGACCUAAUUCAUCCAAAGUAAAAGCUUGUGGAGUAGCUUUCUUCCCAGAACAAUAA